GGAAGCCUCUACCAAGCUGUUUGCCGUGAAUUUUUGUCUGAAUUUUGACCUUUCUUGCGGCUAGAUGGCUGGAGAUCGAAUACAUCUAAAGCUGGAUAGUACUGCUGCGGCUUCUAUAGAUCAAUACUUGGAAUAUCGAAGAAUUGUUGGGGAUGACGACGCAGGAAAACUCUUUACUCCUGAAGAAUAUGAAGAGUACAAGAAAAAAGUUCUGCCACAGAGAAUGAAGAACAGGCUGUAUGUAAGUUGGACAGCACCAAACGGUAUGGACUGCAAGAUGGUCGGCCCUGAAACAAUGUGUUUCUGCAAUCACAGGUACAAACAACACAAAACUGAUUAUGAGACACUACCGCAAAUCAGACCGAUCCCAGUCCCUUGCCGUGUUAGUGGCUGUAAAUGUAAGAGUUACCACUAUGUACCAAAGAACGGCACCCAGCCAAUCAGAUGUCAGUGUAAACACUUUGCUGAUGAUCAUUCUGAGGUGGUACCAUAUAAGUGUUCAAAAGGAUGUGCAUGUAAAAAAUUCAGAAGUUCUUACACUUGUGGCUGUGGAGAACCAACUUAUGCUCACAAGACAAUUGUUGAAACAAAAGAAGAACGCAUAUCUCGUGGCCACCCAAUUGGCCAUGAUGUGCCUUAUGCUGCCAUGGGUGGAAUCACAGGGUUCAGUUCACUGAUGGAUGGCUACAUGCGCUUGGAUGACAGUGGAAUUGGCCCACCACCCUUGCAUAUGUUGGAGCAGCCAGUAGGACCUAAUGACCACCCUUUCCUCAGAGUACAAGCUGGUCUGGCUGGGCUGUCAUUAGAGGAUGGGAUGGGUGCUGGUGCAGGACAGGUGUCACGUAGAACCACUGAGGAAGAGGACAUGGCCUAUUUUGAGAAGCGAUACCAAGCCAGACUGAAGGCAGAAAAGGAACAGUCUAGAGUGCAGCGAUCACCACAACCCAAGAGGUUGACAGGGCCAGGCACUACACAGCAGAGCACAGGGAUUGCCUCAAGGAAGACUGGCCCUAGUAAGAUGAAAUCAGCAACCAAGCCUGUAUCCUCUCGAAGCCCUGUAUCCCAGACUGGAAGGCAGAGCAACAGAUGAUGAAACAUCUUGAGGGGAUUACUGGCAUAGAGAGAAAGUGUGUGUAGUGGUGUGUCUAAGAUGGGGGAGAAGGGUUUUUGUCUCUCACUUGAUGUGUCCCAUGCUCUAAUAACCCCCUGGAAGGAGAGGGCUCAUAAAUUACUUGGGCUUACAAAAG